ACUCGAUCAGUCUAACUUUUUUCGUAGCUAAUCGUUGAUCGCCAACCAACCAGGAAGCGACAUCGUUCUCACCGUGUCCGUGUUCCAUCCUCGUUUGCUUCUUUUCCAACCCGGCAAUCUCGACUACCACCCAACCGCUACCGAAACACGGAUCCUUGGAUCGAAUUUAAAGAAGAGAGAGAAAAAAGCACUGCAGUAGUAUCUGGUUACAAUCAAAGAAACCAUCCUGUCCACAUCCACACCUGUCGUUUGCUGACCUGGUGCCAAAAGCAAGACGACGCACAGGCAUCGCAACCAACAUCCUUCAAAGAGCAUCCUGCAGGAUACAACCCUUCCACUGGGGCUGCGAUCAAAGAGCAUCAGCAGGCAGCGAUAAAGUUAAGACCCGAUAGAGUUAGUACCCGAGAGCAGAACGUGUGGACCGGGAGUGGAAAAUCAACCCUUUGCGGCGGCGACCAUCUGCAAGUGUUGAGCAGCUGCAAUAUCAGAGUAGCGCGUGGUGCGAUAAGGAUCCGCGCACGGUUGUUCGCACGGUUGUUCCGAUCAGUUUAGUUACGCGGGUGUUGUUACACGUUUUCGCUCGUGCACUGUUCGAUUUAGCUAAGGAGGCAACUUGAUUGUUUGUACGUUAUCGUUGCAUUUCGUUUGCCAACCACCACUGGUCAGCGGUUAGCCAAGUUUUGUUUGUUUGGUGGUUUGGUGUUGUUACGUUUUACUAAGUUUUGCACUAGGCAGUAAGGUACUGUUUUGUUGUUGUUUUUUUAUUUGUUCGUUACGAUUUGUCGGGCCAUUUUAGUUAUCCUCGUGCUCGGUGUAACACGCGCGUGUGUCAGUAAAUCGUUCGGAACAAGUGAUGGUGUGUUUGUGCGGUGUAUGGUGAGCGACUAUUACGAAGAGAAGAAUUUAAAACGCGCCCGCCCGGACGUCAGGAAACGCACAGCACACUGGACACUGUUUUGGGUGAGUGCUGCCGGAAAGGAUCCAUACUCCGCUCGCUAACUCGCCAGAGUGCGUCAGAGCACACAGCCGAAAGCAACCGAAAACAAAGACACUAAUCAACCCGCUGGUGAAGAGUUAUAGGACAAAACCCAACACAAAGUACAAUGGCAUACACUGGACUGAUAUUGGCCGUACUGACUAUCGUGCUGUCGGUCGUGUGCUACUUCAAGAUACUGUACGAAUGGCACCGGAAGGUACGCAUCCAAACCGUACGUCCUGCCCGGCUACAGAAGCUCGCGGUCCGUGCCCCAACACCACAACAAUCAACCACCGAGCUGAUGACGUUCCCGCAGGCACCCGGACCGGUACCGUGGCCGAUCCUCGGCAGUCUCGCCUUCCUCGGCCAGUACGAGGUGCCGUUCGAAGGGUUUACCGCGCUGGCAAAGAAGUAUGGCGAUCUGUACAGCAUCACGCUCGGGUCGACCCGCUGCCUCGUCGUCAACAAUCUGGACCUGAUCCGGGAGGUGCUGAACCAGAACGGACGUUACUUUGGCGGACGGCCCGACUUUCUGCGCUUCCACAAGCUGUUCGGUGGCGAUCGGAAUAACUCACUUGCCCUCUGUGACUGGUCGACCCUGCAGCAGAAGCGUCGUAACCUCGCCCGGAAGCACUGUUCGCCGAGCGAUGCCUCCAGCUACUAUCAGAAGAUGAGUGAUGUGGGUGUGAUGGAGAUGCACCGCUUCAUGGACCAGCUGGACGAGGUGGUGUGCCCGGGUAAGGACUUCAAGGUGAAGCCGUUGAUUAUGCAGGCGUGCGCGAACAUGUUCAGCGAGUACAUGUGCUCGGUCCGGUUCGACUACAACGAUCAGGGCUUUAUGGCGAUCGUGCGCAACUUCGAUGAAAUCUUCUGGGAAAUCAAUCAGGGAUAUGCGGUUGACUUUCUGCCGUGGUUGGCCCCGUUCUAUCACAAGCACAUGAGCAAGCUGACACGCUGGUCGGCCGAGAUUCGGGACUUCAUUCUGGAGCGGAUUGUGAACGAGCGGGAGCAGACUCUUGGGGACGAUGAUACCGAGCGUGACUUUGCUGAUGCGCUGCUGAAGAGCCUGCGUCUCGAUCCGUCGGUAACGCGUGACACCAUCAUGUACAUGCUGGAAGACUUCCUUGGUGGACAUUCGGCGAUCGGCAAUCUGGUGAUGCUGGCCCUUGGCUACAUUGCCAAGCAUCCGGAGGUUGGUCAACGGAUCCAGCGCGAGAUCGAUCGCAUCACCGAGCGGGGCAAGCGCAACGUUACGUUGUACGAUACCGAGAGCAUGCCGUACACGGUCGCCACCAUCUUCGAGGUGUUGCGAUACUCGUCCUCACCGAUCGUACCACAUGUCGCCACGGAGGAUACGUGCAUAGCCGGGUACGGUGUCACCAAGGGGACGGUCGUCUUCAUCAACAACUACGAGCUGAACACGAGCGAACGGUACUGGACCGAGCCGAAGCGCUUCAACCCGAGCCGGUUCAUCGAGACGGCAACGCUGGCCCAGAUCCGGACGGACCUGCGUGACUCCCCGACCGCGAAGCAGGAUCUCACCAACAUCAUCAAGACGAACGGUGUCAGCAGCGAGAACGAGCGCACAUUACAGAUCGAGCGGGUGCGCAAAAACAUCCCCCACUUCCUGCCGUUCAGCAUUGGCAAGCGGACCUGCAUCGGGCAGAAUCUGGUGCGUGGCUUCAGCUUCAUCAUCAUCGCAAACAUUCUGCAGAAGUACGACGUGCACUCGAAUGACCUCAGCCAGAUUAAGAUGUAUCCGGCGUGUGUAGCCGUACCGCCCGACACCUAUCCGCUUGCCUUCACACAGCGCGCGGCCGUGGCGGCACAGUAGCCCAGUCGUAGCGAGUAGCUAAUAGUAGUAGUCGUAGUACCAGUAGGUUCGUAACAGGGACCAUCUAUACCCGCGAGGAUGUCCGAGAUGUCCUUAUAUGUCAGAGGCGUGCGUCACGACGAGACACUGUACAUAGUUCAAUGCCUUCCUCGAGCGGCACUAGACGCUCGACAGUACGCCUCUAUGAGAUAUACGCAAUUUAUUUGUCAACGCACCGUAAAAAAGGGAACAGAGAGACACACGCACACACAGGCACUUAUUUAUUACUAAUGAACUUUGCGGAGGUGUUGCACUAGUACACGCCUUGCGUUCAGAUCACAUCAGCAGUUCGUUUGCAGCUAGGGUAGAUCUUCGACCUGCAGAUAUGUGCGUUCGUAGGUUAGUCGUUCGCCCAUGGAAUUGAUGCCACCGAGAGGAACUGAUCAAUACGGUACUCCAACAGGGUCCUAGUAACUUCGUCUAACAUGUUCGCAGGACUCGUAACUUCAUAUUCCGGUUGCAAAUUUGUGCAUGUGAGUGUGUCUGUGAGUGUGUGUGGGAGCGCCCGUGUAUGUAAGCGCUGAAGCAUCUACUUAUCUAUACGUAUGCAAGUACAUGGACGCAUACAGACAUACAACUAUAAAUUAAAUAAGAGCUAAGACUGAUUUUUUUCAUCUUUACCCUGUGAGACAGAUCUAGACGAAUUCUAUCAAAUUCCAAACGAAAACAAAACGAUACACUAAGAAGUUAGUAGCCGUUAGACGAAUCUCCUUCGCCCGAAGAAUUUGUUUUAUAAUUAUUAUACUUAUAUCGUCGACUCCCGUUUUGGCAGCCUUGCCAGCCAGGCCUUGCCCCCUUCCCCUCCCCCGGAAUCACCCUGUGUUUCUUUUUUUUUAAGACAGCACGUGCACGGUCCGCCGCGAUCAGAAGGAGCAAAAGCAUAGCUAUGUUAGAGUUUUUUUUUUCUUCAGGGAUUUACUGUGAGACGUGAUUAUUUAUGAAAUGAAAGUAAAAUAAAUCGCAUUUAAUUUGUUAUUUGCCGCGACGAGUGUAAACGUAUAUUGUCACUGGCAAUAAGUAUUGUAUAUGAUAGAAAAAUAAACAUUCUAUUACGAUAACUCA